AUGGAGAGCCUCAAUUCACGUCCCGGUACUCCAAAUUCCUCCUUCUACACACCCCUGCUGAUAUCCAUGAUUGGCGUAUUCUCCACUUGCGUAGUUUUAGUAAUCUACCACUUCAUCUUAAUCAGAUACUGCCACAGGAGGACUCCUCAAACCGCCUCCAAUGGCAACGCUGUGGCUCAAGCAGUCCCCGAAUCCCCGUCACUACCCUCUGGAGUCGACCACAAACUCCUGGAAACCAUGCCGAUCAUUGCCUACUCACCCACCAAACAACAGGGCGGUUUGUUUCGCGUGGAUCAGAGCGAAUGCGUCGUUUGCUUGGGUGCGCUGGAACAAGGAGAAAUGGUGCGUUUGUUGCCAAAUUGUAGGCACGCUUUCCACGUCCCCUGCAUCGACGAAUGGUUCGUGGCGCAUACCAGCUGCCCCGUUUGCAGGUCCCCCAUUGUCGCCCCGGCGGCGACGGUGAAUGACGAUAUUCCCCCCUCCUCGCCACCUCCGCCGCUGCAAGUGUUUACUUCUUCAUCAUCGUUUGAUGUUGGAAGCAGUGGGGUUGAGUUUCCGGGUCAAGAUUAUGGUAACGAUGCUUCCUCCCCCUCGUCGUCAUCAUCAUCAUCGGGGUCUUUUAGUUUUGGAUUGCUUCGGCAUUCUGGGUCUCUGGAACUACUGCCUACGGAGAGGGCGUCAUCGUCGGCACGUGUAAUAACAGGGCUGAAGCGGUCAUUGUCAAUGGAUCAAUCUUCUGUGAUCAUUGAGAUGCAGGGGGAGAGCAGUACAGAUGAUGACGACGCAGCGACGACUACGGUCGGGGCAUUUCGAUCCGUGAGGCAUUUCGAUCGUGUCUCCGCAAAAUUCCUGAGUUCCUUUUCUCGAUUACGUUUGGGGAACAAUAAUGAAAUUCUUCCGUACUGA